GCAGUGAUUCAUAGCUGUGUUGCAGUCGGUAAAUUCCCGCGCAUUGUCAAGUUCGGUUUUAUUAAUUCGAAUAAGAGGUGUGGUAUCGAUUCAUGCUGAACAACUUUUCUAAUUCAUUCGACGACAAAUUUUUUGCGAGGAAAUCAUAAAUUGUCGUAACAAGAGUGCGCGUGUUAAUUACGAGCAAAGUAAUGGCAGAACAAAUUCAAAAAAUCGACGUGGAUAAACUUUCCGAAAGUGUCAAUAGUUUGCAAAAAUGCUUGGAAUGUACAAUUUGUUUGCAAUUGAUGAUAGAACCUACAAAGACACGAUGCGGCCAUUCAUUCUGUAAGUCAUGCAUAGGGAAAGUGUUGCGGAAGAAAAAUGCAAGUUGUCCAUUAUGUAAAAAAAAUCUUAACAGACGCAAUGUUUCAAAAGAUGAUCACUUAGAAGCCUGUAUUACAAAAUUUAAACAUCUUGUCACUGCCAUUCAACUUGACAGCAACAUAGACAUAUGCUCACAUUCGAAACCGCGUAAUACAAGAGAAAGUCAUACAUCAAUUAUGAUCAAACGUGAUGAUUCUAUUCCUGCGGAUGAGAAUGAAAACGCGAUUUUUAGCAGACCUGAUGUUAAAGUUCGCACGUGGUUGUACCAUAUGCCCGAUGAACCGAGCUGUGUAAAAAGCAACAAUCUAAUAUCCGAUAAUCAUAAUGAAUUAAACACGACCGAUAUAAAUGAGAACGACAAAAGCAACAGGAGAAAUCGUCGAAAAGAGAGUUUAAAUAAACAGAAUAUAGAUCAUAUGGAGGAUACAAAUACAGAGGGUACAUCCCGUAUAAGAAAGGAGAACCUGGAAACGAAGAAAUUAAACGAAGAAAUAAAGACCGAUUCCGCUACAACGAUCGGAUUGAAAUACAAAGCGUUUCACGCUACAAUACGCGAAAAACUUCGUACGUCAAAAUUGAACAUUGAGAAGACGAAUAAUCAGAACAAUUCAUCAUUGACAACAGUGAACGACCAAACGUGUCAGAUUUCGACGAUCAAUAACUCGAUCUCAAACACAUCGAGCGCAAUUGCAGUGCAAUCUUCUUCCGCGGACUGGACUCGCAUGAUCGAAUUCGGGAAGGCGACGAAACGUGGUAAAAAAAGAAAGAUGAAGAAGCUGAAUGUGAGUACCGAGAAGAAUAAGAACACACCUCGAAUAAUUGAAAAUGUUACGUUAUCGCCGAAUAAGAAAUACAAUCUGACCAAAAUUGUACCGAAUAAUAAUAAUAAUAAGAAAAAGAAGAACAAUCAGAAAGAAAACACAAUCGAUAAAAAUCUAGAUUUAUCGAGUACAAACGUGAUGCCAUCGGAAGUAUUAAGUGAAACGGACACUCGUAAUCAAAAGGAAUCUGCAAAAGACAAUGCCAAUAGUUCAACAUUAUUAUCACCUAAUCAGCUUUCGAUAAAAAUGCAAGAGGAAGAAAACGAACGAAUACGUACAAUGAACUUGAGUAGCAGUCAGCUGAAUGAAAUUAUUGGCUUCGAAAACGUCAAUAAAAAUUGUCAAGCUUCUCAAAAUCGAUGUCGUGAAGAAAGUCCAGAGAUUGUUGUAGAACAUUAUGAUUCGUUACUGCCAUCACCGAAAAAAUUAAUAAUAUUAACGCCCCAGAAGUUGAACGAAUCUGUACGCGAACACGAAAUAAUCCGUGACAUUGCGCAAACUCCUCCUGUCGACAACUUUGGAAACUUGUCACCGACCAAAAACCGAACUUUCGAACUAGAAAGGAAUAACAAUACUCAAAGGAAAUUAGAAGAAGUUGCCUCUUCUCAAUCCUUGCAAUCCCCAAUAUCAAAAGCCAGAUUAUCCUUGAAAAGAAAGUCGGGAAUUGAAGAGAAAAAGAAAACUGACUCGCCACUAUUAGAUCAAGUUCCAUUGAUUGACAAACUGUCGAUUAUUGAAAAAGAUAAUAUAAAUGAUCGCAAAUACAGCUAUUCGUAUCCAUUAACGAAAGACGGAAAACUAUUUGAUAGAUUAUCAACUGUAAAACGCGACUUGAAUUUAGAGAUAAUCGAUGAAGAUCAAUUACAAACCAAUCGGAAUAGGAUAUUUAAUAGUGCGCUUGUCAAAAAGACAACGGACCAAAAUGCUUCUAAAAUUAUUUGUCAAGAGAAACUCAUCAAUCAUCCUACGACAUCGAAAAAAUUAUCAAAAAAUAUUAAAAACCAAAGACAUCCCGUGAAAUUUCUUCAAAAAGGCACAAUGAUUAGGCGACGUAACGUCAAAUAUUUUUACUUAGGCACGACUAAACGCGAAUCAGCACAAGUGUGUAAUAUAGCAUCAGUGUGUAAUAUGCAGCAAUCAAUCAGCAAAUUCGACAUGCUGCAACAUAAUAUUAUGAAUAUGUCGUGCAACUUAGCGAGAUCCCCUAAUCGAUCAAACGAUUCACAAGACACAAUGGAUAUUACUGUGAUGGAGAAUAUUAGUUCCGUUACUCAAACUAUUUCAAGAGAACUUUCCGCAGCAUCCCCACAUCCUCGUGAAAUUUCAGCAACUUCGAUGCCAAAGAAAGAUAUCGAUCAUCAAAAGAAAACUACGAUGAUCGAGGACAUCGCGAAGAAAAGUGCGCAGUCUCCUCAUAAGAUACCUCAUGUAAGUAACUCGGCGAUUAAGAAAAUCUCGCGUGUUUCAGGAACGUCGAAUUCUAUUAAACUGCUGUCACCAGACAAAGAUUCACAGCUGAAGUUUCUGGCGAUAGACUCUCCAAUGAGCGAGCACGGAGAGUCUGGACGUGCGAAUUCGACGCGACAGCAAACCGAACUCAAGAAGCCCGUUCAUGCCAAAGAAAAUAACUUUCCUAAGGCGAAAAAUUCACACUUUGCAGCGUCCACGAGCAAAGCACAAGAGCUUUUCAUCAUAGAUUUCGAUAGGAAGAAAAGAACGAGAUAUAUUAGUGACAAGGAGCUAUUUGACGAUAAUACAAAUGACAGCGAUUCGGCCAGUGACAGUGGUCGACGUAGGAUAAAACGUGACAGAUAUAACAGAUCAUCCAAAAAUGCAGGAUCGAGUUUAGAUGCGAGUAAAAAACAUCGUUCAAAUUCGGCCGAUCAAGACGUAAUCGAAGUAAUCUCUCUGCCUUCUAAGGAACAGGAUACAUGCACGAGAAAAUUCAGAAGGAUACUACAAAUUUCUAGCUCAGACACGGAAUCGGAAUCGACGGAGCAUAUUGCGAGAAAUUGCAAAAGACCCAGAGCUGACGAUCAAUCUGACCAACGGAACGCAUCGAUUAUGGAUGUGCCUAAGAAGAAAUGUUUGUCAAUAAGAAAUCCAUCUGAGGAAAAAUUGACUAGUCAUCGACCGGUGAAUCGUCAGAAAGGCUUGACGAUGCGAGAAUCGGAUAUGUUUGAAAGCAAUAGUAUAUUUAAUUCGGAAAAUCUUGACUACAUACUACAGCAAUCUAUGUACGAGGGACACAACGGAAGCAAAAAAUCGGAAAAAAUCACAGAAGAUUCUAAUGACGACAUCAUAAAUAGAGUACUGCAAAUCAAUCGAUCGCAGAAUAAUUCCAAGGCGUGUCGAUCGCUGGAUUCUGCUCCCCGGAACAUCGAAACGAGUCAGAGAGAAAAGAAUAGCGGAGAGUGUUGCAAGAGUUUAUUGCAGGAUAAUUUUGAUGAGAUUAUCGCCAACGUCGAGUUGCCACAAAGCCACGAAGACAUGAUACCUUGUACCGAUCAGUCGAUCAGAUCUAAUCUCAAAUCUGGCUUGUUGGCGGAACAGAGGACAUCGAACUGUCUCGUGAUGACAGAUGAACCGUGUGGCACCACACAGGAAACUCCAAUAUUAAGUGGAUCGUCAACACAUGAUAUUUUUGAAUAUUUCCCCAAAAACCUUCGGAAACGCAAGACGAUCGUUACUUCAGAAAAUUUGGAGAAAGAAAUUGUUAAAUCCCCCGACCAGAAAAGACACGACUAUACAGUUGAUCGAAGAGAGAAAAAAAAUGUAACGGCAAGUGCCAAUACAAUUGACAUAGAUCCUUGUAGAAGGAUUAUAUUAAAACAUAAUCUAUCGUAUGGAAGGGAAGAGUUUUCUGAAGAAUUUUCCUCUCUUGCGCAACAUAAUGCUUCGACAGAUCGACCACACAUCGAUAAUGGUACAAUGCAAAAACCAGUAGUUGGCACCGAGACAACAGAUGAUUUCUUCGAUUCGCUUAUGGAUGUUACGCAGCAUCAAGUUCAGCUGCAAAAGUUUGAAAAAGAAUUAUUCGAUAUCCCAGUUAAAGAUCAGAAUCAAAGAACGACGAAGAUUACUUUGCAAGAAGAUUCGAGCCAAGAGAAGCAGCACACUCCAGAAAAGCGGAAGAAAGAUACUCAAGAUGAGAAGGCUGCAAUAGAGGUACUCUCUGCCGACGAAGACGAUGUUGUGGAAAAAACUCCCGAGAGAAAGAUGAAGAACAAUGGAAAUAAUAUGAAACUACAUGAGUCGAGAAAAAAUCUAUCGUAUUUAUCGCCGAUUUCGAAACCACAUUUCGAACCACCAUCAUCCGUCGAGCAGACACCGAGCACAUCUAAGAUAAGGAGCGUCUCGAAGAAUGAUGCAAGCAUGUCUGUGAAGCCACUUUAUCACAGUACACCGCAAAAUUCCACAAAUAAAUUGAAGAACGUCUGCCAGCAACCUAAUAGGCGAAAACUGUGUUUCAUGUGUAGCGGUUUGACGGCGACUCGAUUGGCAAUUGUGAAAGAGUUCGCGACGACGUACAAUAUAAAUUUUGUAAAUCAGUUUGAGUCUGAUAUAACGCACGUUAUCGUGAACACGAUAGGCGAAAAGAACGCAGCCAAAAGCACAUUGAAGUUUCUCCAAGGUAUAGCUCAUCGAAAAUGGAUAGUCAGCUACAAAUGGAUAGAAGAUUGUAUCGAACAGGGAAAACUGCUAGACGAAACCCCUUACGAGGCCAUGACGCUCAGCGAUGGGAUUACCGAUGACGGUCCUCAAAGGUCGAGACUACGCAAAAAGGAUCUCUUCGAAGGCUUUACAUUUUGGUGCGUCGGACCGUAUUUGAAUGUUUCGCCAAAUCAAUAUGAGAGCUUGUUACUCGCCACUGGAGCCAUAGUGGUAGACUCUCUUGAAACUUUGGCUAAAAAGGAAGGCAUGAAAGGUAUUGUGAUCCAAGACGGUGUUCAUGAUGAUAAAGAAAUUGAACAUUGGUAUCGAACUGCCAAAGCAGCACCAAUUUCCGACAGUUGGAUAGUGAAUUGUAUCAGCAACUACAAAUUGUUCAAUCUUGCGUCUUAUGUCCAUCUAUCAUUAGAAGACGUGUACGCCAUUGGCUUUCCACAAGAACUCAUAGGAGAAUACAGUGACGGUGAAGAAUAAUACAAAAUAGUUCAAUUCCCGCACAUCGUUUCAAAUCACAUCUUUAUCUUAUUUGCUAUCCCGUCCUGAGUUUGCUGUCCGCUUUUCUGUAAGUACUCUUCUCCAUCUAGAAAUCCAUCUUACAUAGUUUCCCAAUUUAUCCUCGAGAGUUUCCCAACGCUACUGCAAACUAUAUUACAAAAUACGUUUCGA